CUUGUAGCCAGGACUCGGUAGUGAGCUGCGAACUGCGAACUGCGAACUGCACAACACCACACAAGGCCUGCGUCACCUCUUCCUCUUCGCCAUGCCUCAGAACGAGUACAUCGAGCGCUGGCAGAAACAGCAUGGCAAGCGCCUGGACCACGAUGAGCGGGUGCGGAAGAGAGAGGCCCGAGAAGGGCACGCCCUGUCCGAAAAGGCCCAGAACCUGCGCGGCCUGCGGGCGAAGCUGCACCAGAAGAAGCGACACGCCGAGAAGAUCCAGAUGAAGAAGGCCAUCAAGGCGCAGGAAGAACGCGACGUCAAAUCCGCCGCCCCCAGCGAACCGUCCUCGACGCCCCUGCCCAACUACCUGCUCGACCGAUCCCAGGCCAACAACGCGAAGGCGCUGUCGAGCGCGAUCAAGAACAAGCGGGCCGAGAAGGCCGCCAAGUUCUCCGUGCCGCUGCCCAAGGUCAAGGGCAUCAGCGAGGAGGAGAUGUUCAAGGUGGUCAAGACGGGCAAGAAGACGGCGAAGAAGAGCUGGAAGAGGAUGAUCACGCAGCCGACCUUUGUUGGGCCCGACUUCACCAGACGGCCCGUCAAGUACGAGCGCUUCAUCCGGCCCAUGGGUCUCCGCUACAAAAAGGCCAACGUCACACACCCGGAGCUGGGCGUCACGGUGCAGUUGCCCAUCAUCAGCGUCAAGAAGAAUCCCCAGAAUCCACUCUACACCCAGUUGGGGGUCCUGACAAAGGGCACUGUCAUCGAGGUCAAUGUGUCAGAGCUUGGGCUUGUCACGACUGGCGGGAAAGUCGUGUGGGGAAAGUACGCGCAGGUCACCAACGAUCCGAGUCGCGACGGAUGUUUGAAUGCGCUGCUCUUGGUUUGAGAAAAUGCCAACCACGAGAAAUUACAAAGUUAAAGGUGGUUCAUAAGGGUGACAAGCCUAUUGACCACCCUGCCCAGGAUGAUGUGCUGUGUCUCACAAUUCCUCGGCAAAAAUGGCAUGGUCAGCAUAUCCCAUUGCUUUAACCGCGAUUUUUGCGCUCUGAAGCAGCCUUGCUUUUAGACUCAGACUCUGGCCGGGUCUCUCAACUAUUGAAAUGCAAAAUUCACCACGAUCAGCAUUCCGUCACACAACCAACCUUUAGAUUCCAAGGGGGGAAGAGCUGGAAGAAGGGAGCGACUCACAAACAUUGGUGAUCUUGGCCAUAACGCCAUAGGUCGCCUUAAACUCCAACGGUUUGAGGCACCUCCAGAUCUUGAGCACCUCUUCCGGCGGCAAGGGGAUGAAAUUGGGGAUGCUCCACAGAAACUGGUACGAGAUGGUGUCGCUGCGCUUGCCCGGGUCUGGAUUGUGGCUCGACUGCACGGCGAAGAUGGUGUCGGCCACGAACAGCGUCGGCACAGGAGUGUUGGGUGGCAGGGAGUGCAGGACCUGGCUGCCGGGGAAGUGGCCCCCGCAGAUGACCGACGUGAGGCCCGGGAGGAGCUCGGUGCUGGGCUCUUUCAGCAGCUUGAGAGUUGCAGAGGGUGUGUCUUUUCUGUUGGCCCAGACCGAGUCGACUUCGGUCAUGUACACGGGGCAGUCAAAUGUCGAUGACCAGUCCGCCCAGGUCCUAGUGUCAUAGGGGCCGUUCAGCACCGAGAAAAAUCCCAAAUUUGCGAAUUUGCGGGAGAGGAAAGAAUAUAAUCUCUCCAGUGAGACGAGCAGUGAAUAUAGAUGGAGAGACAGAGGGUGUCUUACGUGUAGAAGUGCGGGUGUGAAAUGAUGAUGAACUUCAACCCGCCCAACUCGGUGAUCUGGACCCCAACACCAUCAAACUCCAUCCAUAUAAACCAAGCAGCGUGUCCAAAAAAAAUCGCCCUCCUUUUUCUUCUUCUUUUCUCUUCUGACCAAAAUAAAAUUGAAUUGAAAAGGAAAC